CGGCACGUCUCGACUUCCUCCCUCCUCCCUCCUCCAUCCCACUCCAGACUCCCGAGCUCGCAACAGCACCCGUUCCUACCUACUCCCCGCGCGGGCCGCCACGCCAUGGCCGCGCCGUGCGGCCGCAGCGCGCCGCCGCUGGUCCUCAUCGCGCUCUCCGCGGCGUUCCUCACCUACAACGCGCUCCUCUCCUCCCGCUCCUUCCUGCCCCUCCCCGACUCCUCCUCCUUCCCUACCGCCACCGCCUCCUCCCGCCGCCUCGCCGCAGGGUCCAGCGGCGGGCGGAGGGCGUUCCACACCGCGGUGACCGCGUCUGGGUCCGUGUACAAUACGUGGCAGUGCCGCAUCAUGUACCACUGGUUCAAGGAGGCGCGGCGGGCGCGCAGCGGCGCCGAGAUGGGCGGGUUCACCAGGAUACUGCACUCCGGGAAGCCCGACGAGUUCGUCGACGAGAUCCCCACCUUCGUAGCCGACCCACUCCCCGAAGGGGAUCAGGGAUACAUUGUUCUCAAUAGGCCCUGGGCAUUUGUUCAGUGGCUCCAGAGGGCAGACAUACAGGAAGAAUAUAUUUUGAUGGCAGAGCCAGAUCAUAUUAUUGUUAAGCCUAUCCCAAACUUGUCAAGAGAUGGUCGCGCGGCAGCUUUCCCUUUCUUCUAUAUUGAUCCUAAAAAGUAUGAAAAUGUAUUGCGUAAAUUCUUCCCUGAAUAUGAGGGGCUAAUCACUAAAAUCGAUCCUAUAGGAAAUUCUCCCGUCAUCAUUGAGAAGGAAUCUCUUGCAAGGAUUGCACCGACAUGGAUGAAUAUAUCAAUAGCAAUGAAGAAAGAUCCUGAAGCUGAUAAAGCAUUUGGCUGGGUUCUUGAAAUGUAUGCCUAUGCUGUAGCAUCUGCUCUCCAUGGAGUAGGCAACAUCUUACGCAAGGAUUUUAUGAUACAGCCACCGUGGGACUUGGAAGUUGGUGAUGCAUUUAUCAUACAUUAUACCUAUGGGUGUGAUUAUGAUGUGAAGGGUAAACUGACUUACGGCAAAAUUGGAGAGUGGAGGUUUGACAAGAGAUCCUAUGAGCAUAAACCUCCUCCUAGAAAUUUGCCGUUACCUCCAAAUGGUGUACCUGAAAGUGUGGUGACACUUGUGAAGAUGGUCAAUGAAGCAACAAUCAACAUACCCAACUGGGAAUCUUAUGCAGCUGAUUGACCUUAUUACAUUCUGGUAUCAGGCUCUCCAAUUUUGUUUGCCAGAUGUUUCCGGCAAACUUGAUACAUGAUCAUUUCCCAGCAUAUGGAAGAUGGUGGAUGACACAGUGGGAUGCCCACAGCCCACAGGUUUAUCCAAGUCCACCAGCUCCUCCCAUUUCUGCUCUUGAGCAUUUUUGUCUUGACGAACACCGUCUGCGUGCAAAGUUACCAAUUCGUUUGGUUUGUCAAACGCACGCACUAUGGCCUGGUUCUGUAAAUGAGAAGUUGCUAUGUAAAUGAGUGAGAGGUGUGUUGAUCUCUUCCGGUUCUGACUGAUCCUGGUUCACGACUUCAUUCUCUUUUUUUUCCUGCGUUACAAAAGCCGGGCAUUGCCCUUACAAAGUUACUAGUAGGAACCAGCUAUGUAGCGGUUUUGAUUAAUACAAUGUUUACACGGUUCUCCAUUUGGAAUGAAGCUGUAGAAGUUACGUAA